AUGUCCCCGAGCAAAGUAUGUGAAAUAAUAUCAUGUGCAUCAGAAUAUAAUAAUAAGUUCUUCAAGUCAUAUUGGAUUUUGUUCAAAAAAGUUUACGAAGAAUAUCAUCCAAAAAAGAUUAAUGAAAUUUCAUCAACUUUCGAUUAUUUCGUAUACAAAGAGUAUGGAUUUAUGUUCAAUGAAUCACACGAACAAAAGUUUGAAGAAUAUAAUUCUAAGAUGUUCACACUAGAUUAUCAUGAAGAAAAUGCAAUUUGCAAAGCAAUUAUGGAUGAUAAUUUGAAAUCAUUUAUUGCAUUCACAGAAAAAGAUGAAUUUGAUAAAGACUUUGAAAUCAAAAGUGAUUUUUAUCCAGAUUCAUUUCUUCCAUAUUCAUAUCUUGAAUUAUGUUGUUAUCAUGGUGCAGUAGAUUGUUUUAAGUUUAUUAUAACAAAGUUCAAACCGAAUAUAAAUUGUCACUGCCUUGCUCUUUCAUUUUUAAGUGGUGCUCCAGAAAUUAUAAGCGAAUGUUUAAAGAAAUGUCAUCCAGAUGAUAAAUGCAUGAAAAAUGCAAUAAUAUCUCAUAAUAUUGAUUUCGUCACAUACUUGAUGAAUGAACAUAAAUUGAAAAUUGAUUUUCGAGAUUGUAUUAAAUUCUAUAAUCUCCUUUCAUUUUUAGUCUUUAUCAAUCAGACAAAGGAUAUUGGAAAAUGUUUUGUUUUUUCACAUUACUUUAAUAUUUAUUACCUUUUUGAUUAUUUACUAUCAAAUGACUUAGAUAUUAAUAUAAAAAAUAGAUUAUCUGGGAAUACUGCUCUUCAUUAUGCAGUAAGUAUAUAUCAUAAAGAGAUUUCAAAUUUCCUUCUUCUUCAUGGAGCGAAUGUCAAUGCAAAAGAUAAUAAUGGAAAUACGCCUUUACAUUGUGCCGCAAAAAUGAAUAAUUUUAAUAUGUUAGUUUUCUUUAUAUCAAAAGGUGCGGAUAUUAAUGCAAAAAACAAAUUCGGAGAAAAUGCAUUUCAUAUUGCGUUUCAGAAAAACAAUAUUGAAAUGGUAAGAAUUUUAAUUGCAUGUGGAGUUGAUUUCAAUGUUAAAGAUAAAAUUAUGAAAAUGAAUCCUCUUCAUCAUGCAAUAUGGACAAAUAAUAUAGAGUUUAUGAAACUUCUAAUUUUUUAUGGUGCGGAUGUCAAUUCUAUGGUUGAUGGAAAUACUCCUCUUCAUAUUGCGGCUACAACUGGUAUUCUCGAAAAUGCAGAAUAUUUGAUUUCACAUGGUGCAGAUAUCAAUGCGAAAAACGAAUAUGGUGUGACACCUCUUAUAACUGCAUUAAAAAUGAAAUUCAUGAAAAUGGCAGAGUUCCUUAUUUUGAAAGGUGCCGAUGUCAAUGCAAAAGAUCCAAGAUAUGGAAAAACUGCUCUUUGUUAUGCUGUUUCUUAUAACAAUAUUAUAUUUGUUCAACUUCUUAUCUCACAUGGUGCAGACAUCAAUGGAAAAGAUGAUGAGAGAUCUGCAAUCGCAGUGGCUGUUGCUUUGAAUUUCAAAUCAAUGACAGAAUUCCUUAUAUCACAAGGUGCAGAUAUUCAUAUUAGGGAUGGACCUUAUAGAAGAACUUUGCUUCAUCUUGCAGUUAUCAAAAAAAGCAAUGAUGUGAUAGAAACUCUUAUUUCAAAUGGAUGUGAUGUCAAUGAGAGAGACAAUGAGGAUAGAACUGCAUUACAUCUUGCAGCUGCAACAAAAAAUAUAGAAAUGACCAACAUUCUUUUAUUGCAUGGUUCUGAAGUUAAUGCAAUUGAUAAAUAUGGAAGAACAGCUCUUCAUCUCAUCAUGAUUGAUGCAGGUACAUAUUAUUAUUUCUAUUACGAUGAGAAUUCAUAUAAAAUUGCUCUAGAAUUAAUAAAUCAUGGAAUAGAUGUGAACACAAAGGAUUAUGAUGGGAAAACGGCACUCCAUUAUGCACCAAAGAAUAGCUCAUAUACAGAUCUUCUUAUUUCAAAUGGGACAGACAUCAAUGCUCAAGAUAACGACGGAAUCACUGCAAUUGAAUGCCGAACGCAGUCUGAUUUGAUACCAGCAAUUGCGCCAACAAGUACAGCAAAUUUAGUUAUUGUUAUAGAAUACGAGCCUCGUGAUGAAUAUAAUAAAUAUGCAUACAAGUAUAGAAAAUAUGGUUAUCGUGAUUAA